GUUCCUAGUCGCAACGACCUCCAACCUAAUAGCGAUGGCCUCCUAGCAGCUUCUCGCUCCUAGUAGCUGAACAGCCCCAUGCCGCGCUCAACAUGCGCAACUGGCUGAACAGCCACCAUGGUUGGUUCUUUGCGUUUCUCAAGCUCACUGUCGUGAGCCGGUGUGAAUUCACAUGAUGCAUCUCCUGACUCCGGAAGAAGCCGAGCUGGCCGUUGCUGCCCAAAAGAAGCUGUUGGUGUGGUUUUCAUUCGAGCACGAGUCCUUGGAAAAUGCCUUGCGGAUGUUCGAUCUGGAUGCGGACGGCGUGAUUUCUGCCUAUGAGAUUUCAAGGGUGGCAGCUCAAGCAGGGGUACCUGAAUAUGCCAUCCCCACCCUGAUACGAAGCCUUCGCAUGGGGCCGGCAGGAAUCCCUCUUGACUCGCUUGCAGACAUUCUUUUGGGCCGUGGCGUGGCGGUUCCGUCAGCUCCACGCGGGUCGAUGUCCAGACCACCAGCACCACCAGGGCCACCACCGCUGCCCCCAGCACUUCCUGGCAAUCGAUUGCUGGAAGUGGUGGAGGAAGCCACAAAGCACCGCUUGGAUUUGUCAGCCCAGAUCCUUGGAUUGUUGCAGUGGCAGGAGGCGCCACAGGUUCCAUGGCAACAGCGUGAAGCAGAUGCGAUAUCAUGGGCCCUGCGCCUUGGAGUGCACGAACUCCUCUCCAUCACGGAUCCAUUUGGAUCCACUGCUCUAAUUCUGAGCUGCAGACUGGGCAUGGAGCAGCUGUGCGAUGUCAUUUUGACUGCACCUGGUAUCUCACCAAAGGAUUUGAAACACUAUGUAAAUCGACACAAUCAAAUGGGAUGGACGGCUUUGCUAUUAGCAGCCCAGAACGGAUUUGGUUUGAUUUGUUGCCAGUUGAUGGCCGCGGAGGGCAAUCCCAACCUUUCAUCGGAAGGUCAGUUGACGCCGCUGAUGUUGGCCGCUUCCAACGGCCAUGAGGACACCUGUAGGCUCCUUUUGGACUUCCGGUGGUCUCGACACCCAUCGCUGCGCGCAGAUCCCUUCAGCCUCAGCGCUGAUGGUCGUUUUGCCUUGCACUUUGCUCGACAGAGGCUGCAGAAUAGGAAACCCAAGGAGCCGUUCUGGAGCCUGGACACCUAUGGAAUCAGCAGAGCUCAGCUAUGUCCUUCUCCUGAGGAGUACAACAACAUCGAGCGCAUGCUUCUUUAUGCCAUGCAGACUGCACCUGUACCACCAGGUUUCCGCCAACAUGCUCAGGAUGACGAGUACUUCGGGGCAUGGCAGCACGUGCUCCACGAAGUUUGCCCAACAAAAAGAUCCGUGUUUGCGAAGAGUUGGAUCUAGCACGCCAUGCCACUGAAUUUGCACAACUGCGACCUGCUGACUCAGGUGGGCUGCUUGCAUACUUAAAGCAGGUGUUUGGGGCUUGGCGCUAUAAGCGUGUAAGCAGGCAGCCGACUUCAGUCAGUAAUUAUCCUUCGCACAGCUCAAAAGUUUCCAGUCCAAAAUGGCUGGAUGUGUUGUGUUGUGUGUUCGCC